CAAUAACAACAACACGGCUGGUAGAAGAGAGCGUAGCCAUGCUUUAAUACUGUGAUUAGGGGAAAUGUAAUAACAGAUUAAAUGUAGAAAAAUAAUAUUAUUUUAUCUCCUUGAAAAGAAUAACAAGAAAAAAAUAAUAGAACACUGGAAAAUAAGAAGAUGGCAGUGGAUAUGAGGCAGAUCAACACCAUAAUUAAUCAAUCCAGUUUUGAUUUAAAACGCAAAUCAGACAGAGGACAGUUGGAUAUACCUGACCUCAGUAAGAGCAAUGAAGCAACAGCACUGCAAUCAAGGGCCAAGAAAAGUGAUGAUAAAUAUGAACCAGAUGUAUGCACCCUUGUUUCAUCUGCCAAGUGGUUGAAGCAGCAUGGACUUCAAGAAAACAAGAUAACCAUCACACAGAUUCUUUCACAAAUUGGUUUUAAGCACAAGGAAGAUUACGUCCGCAUAUUACAAAAGCCUGUUUCAUCUCAAUAUGCCGAAGGGUUAUUUUCUCAGUGCCAAAAAAAUGGGGAGAUAUACAAUAUAAUAGCCACCAGAGAACAACUUCAUCAAAUUGUGGACCUACUUUCCAAAAAAAUUCAGCUAUACGAAAAACGCCUAGAAUGGCUGACUAGUGGUAGCCGCCAGAUCUUUGGAGUCAUCCAGGAGCGUUCCAUUACUAUUGCACUGGAUUUUGGAAUCACUUCCCACUCUCACUAUAAAUUGUGUUGCAAUGUUGUAUGUAAUGUACUUAAAGAACAGGUGUCACAGAUUGCCAGAUUUAAUCUUAUUUGUACGACUAAAAACUUAGAAAUGUGGCAGGAGAGAACAGCAGAAACUUCUGGAGCGAAUAUUGAGUCUGCAGUACAGUGGAUAUACAGUCUGGAUCAUAAGUCUUACUACAGCAAUGACAACCUGGCUGAAGCGGUGUUAAAAGCCAUGAGUGAUAUAACAGUCGAUGCAAUUUACAUCUUUGUAGUUGGUGAUAUUAAAGAAGCCGGAAUGGAGAGUCUCAGAAAAAACUUGGUUGAUUGUCAAUGCCCUGUCCAUAUGGUAUCAUUCAAUGCAAAAAAUAAAAGCACAAUGAAAUUCCUAAAAGAGUUAACGCAUUUGACAACUGGACGAUUCCAUGCCUUUGCUGAAAUAAUCAAUAAGAGUGAUGUUAUUCUGCCACUUGGUUUUGCUGGGAAUAAUGUUCAAGAUGAAGGCAUCUUGACACAAAGGCAACCUGUUGGUGGCGUCCCUCAAGGGGCUGGAGUUAGAGAAGAUGUGUUUCUAAUAUGGCAAGAAAUAGAACAAGCCAAAAAAACUUUACAGAAAGUCCAGUCUCUUAUAUUGGCAACAACACGAUCAGCAGUUGCAGUGGCAAAAGAUAGUGACACUAUCCCAAUGGAGGCAUGCCUAAGCUCCAAACUUUGGCUGCAGAAAUAUGGCUUGAAGGCACAGAAGGUCUCUUUUUAUGAUGCAUUUGCCGAUUGCGCCUUUCGCCAUUCUGAUGGAAUUGUUGAAAUAAAAUGUAAGCCAUUUGAAGGACAACUGCAGAGUGAUGCUGUGAAAGGGAAUAAACUAAUCAAUGCAAAAUACUGUGAUAAAUUUGCUCACACACUGUGGAAGGAUGGUUCGUUGGUCCAUAUUUAUAUUACGGCUGAAAAGUGCAACUCGUAUGAAACCAUGAUGAAGACGGUUAUUGAUACUCUACAAAAAAGGCUUGAAUGGCUUCAGACUGGUAGCAGAGAGUUUUUUGGGAACAUUCUUGAGGACCAAGUGUAUGUUUUGAUAGAUGCCUCUGAGUCUAUGAAAAAGAAACUGAAAGUACUGAAAGAAACUCUUCAUCAGCUCAUCCAGGAACAACUACAGUACAAGAAGAAGUUUAACCUUGUCAAGUAUGACUCUAAACCAAAAGCAUGGCAAGAAAAGAUGGUAGAAGUGAAUGACUAUAAUCUGAAAUAUGUGUGGGCUUGGGUUAGAAACAUUGAGGCUGGUGGAUCUACAAACACACUAGGGGCAUUGAGACUUGCCUUUGCUGAUCCUGGUACCAAGGCAAUUUAUCUACUAACAGAUGGAAGGCCAGACCAGCCUCUUGAGAUGAUUUUGACUGAGACUGAGCUGCGUCCAGAAGUUCCUAUUCACACCAUCUCAUUUAAUUGUGAUGAUCUGGAUGCCAACACAUUCCUAUACGAGAUGUCCCAAGCGACAGGGGGAAGGUACCAUUGCUACAGCUGCGAUAAAAGAGAAGCUGGAUCACCUCAGCCAUUUGUGAGUGAAGAUAAAGAUUUACUACAGACAGAAAUUCACCAUGCAAAGCAAGAUCUACAGAGGGCUCUCAAACUUCGUGCAGAGUGUGUCAUGCUCGACUGGUAUCAUAAUGGAAAUGAACUCAUUCAAAAAAGAAUCCAUUCAAGAGCCCUUAGUGCAUCAGUUGUUCAGAGAAAAAUAAAGGACAUCAGACUUGAGAAAAGGCCUUUAUCUGCCACUAGUUGGAGUCAUACAUUUUAUCGUCACCAUAAGGAUGGGUUUCGUGAUCUUAGACCUGCUGAUGUGAAGUUAAAGGAUCUACAGAGACAGAAGAUUAAACAUACUGCUCACACAAGGUCCACAUUAUUAGGAUUUAUAAGAAAUGGUGUGAAAAUUACGGACAGAAGUACUACUCGUGAAAACUGGUUAUUGCCUGAAACUGAAGAGGUUUUUGAAGAUAAUUUUUCUAAAAAACAUGAAGUUAUAACUGAAUUAAAUUUAGAUGGUAAAAGAAAAACAAUAAAGAAAGCAAAAAGAGAAUCUAAACACUCCUUGGAGUUGUCUUCUUCUAGAUGGCUUAAAGCCAAUAGUUUGGUGGCCAAGAGGUUAACCAUCCUGGAUGCAUUAGCUCCAACAGUUGUGCUACAGAAGGCAAAAUAUGUCCCAGUAUUAGACAAACAUGUCUGCUCCAAAGUGUUUGAUGAGGUUCUACCCUUGGCUCAUCUAAGCAGUACCCAGAAGCAGCUUUCCCUUGUUAAUCCUCAAGCUGUGAAUCUAGACGCCUAUAAAAAGAAGCUGGAACUUGCUCUUAAAACUUAUGAAAGCCGUCUUAAUUUAAUUGUAUGGAGAGCAUUAACCCAAGAGCAGAGAGACAAGUUUUCCACUGACAGACCAGUAUCUUUUCAAGAGCACAAGGAAGCACUGACGCAGGCUUUAGAUGACUUGGGAUGGCCAAUUUCUCCAGAAGAUGUGUCUUUGUUGGAGGAUGAAAUCGAGACUGGAUUAACGUUUCUCCAGCAGGCAACAGAUCUGCAGAAAGCUGCCCAGCAGAUAGCUGAUAGGGGUACAGGAUCACAGGAAAAGAACGAAGAAGAAGAAAAGAAUGAUAGUGGGAAGUCAAAAGCUGCUCACAAAAAAAUACUGGAUCCACUUAAAGGCCAGAAGGUAAUUGCAAGGUCGGAGAUUGAUGGAUUUUAUUAUCCAGGUACUGUGGCAAAGUGUAUCCAUUCGAAAAGGGCCAUUGUGGAGUUUAAACGUGGGGACGUACAGAUUAUACCCCUAGACUUUGUAAUGUCUGUUGGAGGCGCAGUACCAUGCCCUACGCUGAAAAUUGGAGAUUUUGUAUUCGUGCGAACUAAAGCUGAAGAUGGGGGUGACUGCUAUGUGCCUGCUGUUGUCAUAGCAACUCCUGUCAGAACUGAUAUGUCCUACAAAUUCUACACUGUUCUGAAAUAUAACAACAAAAAAGAACAUUCACUACGCAGUGGACUUAUUAAAAUCAGCCAGACAAAGUACUCCUAUACCUCCCGUUAUAUAAGAAAAUGCCAGAUGAUUGAUCACACAAUUCCAAGUGUACAGUUUAUUAGUCCAGUUCCUAAAUUGGUUGAACGGCAACAUACAAGAGACAUUUGUUCAGAUGAAGAGGAAAACAGUAACAAGAAAGUAGACCGGCAAAGAAGAAAGAAGGCAAGCCGAAGCUCUAAAUAUUCAGACGGUGUUUCAGCGUCCAGCCAAAGCAAAGAGAGCUCCUCAAGUGAUGAAGGUGAAAAGUCUCAUUCUGAAAGCAAAGGUGAAAUGAUUACUGAACCAGUGCUGACUACUACAAUAGAAGCAUCAUUCCAUGAUCAACCUGCUGAAAACGUCUCAAGGCCGGGAUCAUCUCUCUCUGACAGAAUCCCUACUCCUGUUUCCUCUGAGCACUCGACUGUAACCAACUCCAGAGUAGCAACACCUGUCGAGACACCUGAGAGCUCCAAUAUGACAAACAAGAAACCUGAGGAUUUGACUAGUCAACUGCAAAAUGCCAUCACUGAGCAGAGGAGUCAUCAGGAGCAAAUACAAAAAUAUGUGAAGGAACUUCUGAACUUGGGACUCCAAGAGCAUUCAGGUUUAGCAGAUCAGAAUGCUCAGAUAUCCAUCCAGCAAAGUAAGAUUCUGGAAAAAAUAAAGGAGCUGUGCUACAUUGCAGGCAUGUCUGAUGAAAGAAAAAAACAUGAUUAUCUUUCUGCUGAAGAUUUACCUGAAUAUGUACGGCAUUCCAGAGACAAUCUUUCAAAGCUAAUGCCUGGUGAGAAAGCAAUUUGCCGCUGGCUGUAUAAUGGAUGGUACUAUCCAGGUACUGUUAUCCAUUUCUGUGGAGACCAGAGUUACUUUGUACAAAAUGAUGAAGGAGAAAUUGAAAGGAUCUGGAGAGAGGAUAUAAUUACAGAUGCAGAUGAUGCAAAAAAUGAAAUAAAGAAAGAUGAUCCUGUGAUUAGUCUCCAUCCAUUAUAUCCGGACUGCUAUUGCCCUGGAGUGAUCCUCAAGGUCUUACCAGACUUAAGGCUUGAGGUGAGAUAUUAUGAUGGAGCAGAGGCAUUGGUCCCUAGAGAAAAGCUCUUUUUAAUUUCACAAGAGAAGUUUGAAGUGGAUGUUGCCUAUCUUUUGAAAUGUGAGGAAAAAUGGGUUGGCCAACCAGUCAUUGCAAGAAAUGAUGAAACUGGAACUUACCAUCCUGCCACGGUGCUUGAGCGAGUUGGGGAUGGAAAGAGUUACCUGAUUAGCAGGCCAGAUGGUAGAACUGCCAUUCAGAACAUAUCUUUCAUCUUUGGAAGAUUUUCUCGCACUCAAAAUCUGACCAUAGGGGACUUUGUGCUGUCCCUUGCACAUCCAUCUACUUUGACGUUUCUGCCAGGAGUCAUCCAGGGAACAAAUGAGAUUGAUGCAAAACUUAUUGUUGAUUUCUGCAAUGGAAAGAGAAGUCAGUAUGUGGAACCUCAUCUCUGCUUUUGGCUCUCUGAAGACCAGUUUCACUCGGCUGAACAAGUCUACCUAGAAAAAAAUUGGGGAAAUCAACUGAACGAAAGUGAAUUACAGUCUGAAGACAGUGGAUCUGUGACAGAUUGCUCAUCAUUUACCAGGGCCUCAAGCCCUUAAUCAUUUAAGAAUAUGCUGGUAUACUAAAACAUGAACUAAAUGCACACUUGUUGCUUAGGAAAGAAAAAUUAAAAUUGUGGCUUUCUUUUAGUUCAAACUCUGGAAACAAUUACAUGUGAUGCAUUGUAGUUAACAAAAUAGUAAACAAAAAUACCAUGAAUGAUGAAAAAUUGUGAUACUGUUUACCAAAAUUAUGAGAUUUUUAAAUACAUUUUGUAAUAUUAGUAAAGAAAUAUUGUCUAGAUAUUGGUUAAUAUUACUUUAUGGUUAGUUUAGAUGUACUCAACUUCAUUUACUAUAAAUCACCCAUAAGCCGUUUCUCUAAUUUUAAUGUACUGUAUAUAAUAAUGAUUUUUUUAAAGCACACUCACAAAUGUUUUAGCUUGUUUAUCUUUAGUUUAGCCUACAUUCUGACCAGGGAAGAUUCUUGCUAGUAUUUCUAUUUGUAACUGCCAUAAUCGUAAUAUCUUUUUGUUUUUAAAAAAAUGCCAUCUUACUUAAAUUUAUAUGAAAUCAAAGCAUUAUAUAACAUGUUUGUCAAAGUCUCUGAAGCCCUGUACAUUGUAUAGCAUGAUAAAGGCACAGGAAUUGUAGUUUACUUUGAAGAAAGCAGAACUAAGUAAAAGGACAACACCUGGAAUGAUAUUCUUUGUAAUGCUGCCAAUCUUUAAAUAAUAACAAUCAAGUAAAUACAUAUUUUAUGAAAAUUAUUUUACAAUAAAAUAUC